CUUGCAGGGUAGCAUGUUAAGCUAGGCUAACUAGCUAGCUAACAAGGAUAGUCUGCAGCAACGCUGCGUAAACAAGCGUGUUAACGUGUUUUAUUUGCGAAUGGCUAUAUUGCCGUGUACGACGCAUUUAAAGUAAACGGAAAAAAAACAACUACAACCGCCAACGAGAGAGGGAAGUGGGAAGGCCUAAGCUAGCGCAGUGUGGGUCGGUAAAGCGGCGGUCGACAUGUCCUCGUUCUCCGUGGCGGCUCUCGAGAAGAAACUGUCCGAGCUAAGCAACUCUCAGCAGAGCGUCCAGACGCUGUCGCUGUGGCUCAUCCACCACAGGAAGCACGCCAAGAACAUCGUGCAAGUUUGGUACAGCGAGCUCGUCAAAGUUCCGGUGUCACGCAAGCUGACCUUCCUGUACCUGGCCAAUGACGUCAUUCAGAACAGCAAGAGGAAAGGACCCGAGUUCACGGAGGAUUUCGCGCCGGUCAUCGUCGAUGCGUUCAAGCAUGUUUACAGGGAGUGCGAGGACGGCUGUAAGAAGCAACUGGGCCGGGUGCUGUCCAUCUGGCAGGAGAGAGCCGUCUACGACGACGAGCUGCUGGACCAGCUCUCCAGAGUCCUCUAUGGCGAGAAGAAGCCCACCAAGAGGUCCUACGAGUCCAUCCAAGCGGUCAACGACAACUUUGCCGGCCGGACUUCUCCAGCCGAGCCCCCGCAGACGUCGGAGCUGAUCCGAGCGCUGCAGGAGCUUGAGAACGCCACCUCGGGAGACGCGCUGCUGCGUCAGCGCAUUUCGUCGCUGCCUGCCGAGGUGCAGGACACCUCGCUGCUGCACAGGAUCACAGAUAAGGAGUCGGGCGCGCGCUUCUCCCGGCAGGUGGACGACGCCUGCAUGCUGCUGGCCGACUACAGCGGGCGACUGGCGGCGGAGAUCGACGACCGGCGGCAGCUGACGCGCACGCUGACUAGCUUCCUGCAGAGUCAGCGCGACGGUCUGGUGCACAACGAGCACAAACUUGAAGAAUACAAACGCAAACUGGCCCGGGUGAGCCUGGUCCGGAAAGAGCUGCGAGCCCGCUUGAACAAUCUCCCGGGCGGACUCCGCGACUCCUCCACCUGACAUUCGACCCUGAAUCUCUCGCUUCUUCUUGUUUUAGCGAAUUGUUUGUCCUCUUUUUUAAAGUGUACAUUCUAUUCCCCUGCCUCAUCCACCCCCCCCCCCCUUUUACUGGUAUUUUACAUGAAUAUGAUUAUUUUUCUCACGUAUAGUCAUAGUAUCGCACCCUUCUCGUCAACUUGCUUUAACCGUGCUCCUCUAUUAACUGUAACUGUUAAUUCAAGCUGGAAUUGCAGAAGUGUUGAGUUUGGAGUCAGUGUACAUAACACGCAACUGCAUGUAAAUAUAUUUGAAUUUAUGUCAAUGUGAAAUUUUCCAUUCAUGUUGUUUUUUUUGUACCUAUCUGCUGGUGUCCAAAUAAACAACACGACUAUCA